CUGCAGACAGAAGCACACAGCAGACCCCGUCCUGCCAUGGACCCCCCGGUAGACCCUGAGUGGGUGGAGAUGAGGGCCCCGCGGGGCCCCUCCGCGGUGCUGCUGAUGCUGCUGCUGGCUGCGGGCUGCGCAGACGCCUUCAGACCCGUCAUCAUCGUUCACGGCAUCCUGGACGGACCAGAACAGUUCAGGAACCUGUCCGCGUUCAUCCAGAAGGUGCAUCCAGGUACCCAGGUGUCCAUCAUCAGUCUGUAUAACUGCAUGGAGAGCCUGAAGCCGCUGUGGGAGCAGAUCCAGGAGUUCAGGAAGGCCAUCGAGGACAUCAUGAAGGACUCCCCUGAAGGAGUGCAUCUUCUGUGCUUCUCACAAGGUGGUCUAAUUUGUCGUGCGGUUCUUUCUACGUCCCCCAAUCACAACGUGCACACCUUCAUCUCUCUGUCGUCACCACUGGCCGGGCAGUAUGGAGACACAGAUUACCUGAACAGGUACCUUCCUGGCUGCAUGAAGAAGACGGUUUUUCUGUUCUGCUACAACAACUUGGGGCAGAAGUUGUCUAUCUGCAACUACUGGAACGACCCCCACCACAGAGACGUCUACCUGAAGAAUAACACCUUCCUGCCGCUGGUGAACGGAGAAAAACCUCACAAGCUCAUGAAAGAUUGGAGAGAAAACUUCCUGCGCAUCAAGAAGAUGGUGCUGAUUGGAGGACCAGAUGAUGACGUCAUCACUCCCUGGCAAUCCAGCCACUUUGGUUUCUAUGACAACAGCGAGGACGUUGUGGACAUGAGGAACCAGCAGUUUUAUAAACUCGAUACGUUUGGUCUGAAGACGCUGGACGCCCGGGGCGACGUGACGCUGUGUGUUCAGGCCGGGGUGAAGCACACACACUGGCACUCCAACUUCACCGUUUUCACCAACUGCAUUGAGGAGUGGCUGGUGUGAAGGAGGCGCCUCCGCCACCAAACUCCUCCUGAUCUCUGAGGAUUCCAACAGUUUGUUUAAUGGCGGCGCCUCCAUCAACCUGAUUCUAGUUCAACCUAUCCCGACGAGGAAACUGAAACUGCUUAAACUCUUAAAAGUAUCUUUUAAACCAACCCUGUCGCUGUAUUAUCUGUUAAAGGAUCUAUUUUCAUAAUUUAUCCCAUUUUCUUUAACUGUUUUUCUUUAUAUUCUCCAUUUAUUGGAUAUUCAAACUUUCACAAAAUAAAUUAAUUUAAAUGCUGAAAUAAGAACAUUAACUUUAAGUGCCUGAAUGAAAAGAUUAAUUUUUUUAAAUUAGGUAUUAUUUUAACACAAUCAGAACUUUUCUGAACAGAAAGGUUUUUUCUCUCCGUCUCCCAGGAUGUUAAACAGGAUUAAUUGUUCCUGUUUAUUUUAUUUCCUAAACUCAGAGUGAAAAUUAUAUAAAACUUCUUAUUAACAGUAAGUUUUCUAAGAUCACAUUUUGUUUAAUUCUAUGUAUUAUUAUUCUAAUAUUGGCUAUCAG